AUGGCAACCGCCACCGCCACCGCCACCGCCGCGGCGUCCCCUUCCACCUCCUCCUCGUUCCUCCUCCGCCGACCCCUCCCUCCAAAUCCCACGGCCGCGCGCUGCCUCGCGCCACCGCGGUGCCGCGCGGGCCUCCGCACCGCGCGCCAGGUCGCCGUCAGCAGCGUGUCCCCGUCCCCGUCCCCCGACGUGGCGGACGAGGAGGCCGCGGCGGCGCCCAAGCUCGGCAAGCGCGUGUGCGUCACGGCGCCGGUCCGCGUCUACCACGUCCCCAAGGCGCCGGACCUGGACCUCCGCGGCAUGGAAGGUGUGGUCAAACAGUAUGUCGGUGUCUGGAAGGGCAAGCGCAUCACGGCCAAUCGCCCUUUCCGGGUGGAGUUCGAGCUGAAGCUCGACGGACAGGACAAGCCGGUCCGGUUCUUCGCUCACCUCCGGGAGGACGAGUUCGAGUUCGUCAGAGACGAAUAG